AACAGCACACUAGCAAAUUGCGCAGCGCUUUUAAUUGUUUUAUUUGUUAAAUGUUUCUUAUAGGCGAAAAUAUUCUUUGGAAUCCCUAGUGGACGCGGCAGAGUGGAGUUUGGAUUAAAUAAUAUUGAGUUUUCUUGUUUUAAACUUUUUUUGUCCAACUCGGACUUGAACUGAAAGGCAAAUUAAAUCUGGCGUUAAAUGAGAAAAUAUACCUGGAACUUUUUCAUUUUGCGAUUCCAACCGCGUACGCGUGACUUAAGGUAAACGUAUUACAACGAUUAAUGUAAAGUUACCUUUAUGUUUCUUUUAUUAGUUUGGUACAAACAAGGUACACCAAGGGCGGAAAUGGUGCGGUUUAAAAUACAUAGCUUGAAUAAUCUUGUGUAAAAGAGCUACCAAAAGUAGACAAGUUGUAGACACCUGGUCUUGUUUACUAAGACAAAUGCUGUAUAAUACUCGCGCUUUUAUUUAUUUAUUUUCGGACCAUUUGUGCGCGUCUUCAGUUGGACAGUGCGUACCCUUACCAUGGGAAAAACUAAGACAAUGAAUUAGUGAAGCUGUGGCAAAAGGAUUCUACUUAUAAAACCACCAUAAUUGACGAACAAGGACGACGUCUUAAAUUUCUGCCAAAAGCAUAAAUCUUUGUCAUUCAUUUUACCUUACGUGCUUAACAACGCUGGACAUAUUGAAACAUACAACGAAAAAAAAAACAACCAAAAACAAAUACGAAUGGAAUCAUAGGCAAAUUCGAUUAAAAUAUAUUUUUAAAAUGAAUUGCUGUGGGUGGUCGUGCGUUAUUUCCUUGAUGCUGGUUGUUUUCCGAAGUCCAUCGGCAAAUGCCUGUCCGCAAGGAGAGGAUAUAAUCAACGUGGUGCUUUUGGACGACAACGUCUCUCAGUGGAGUCUGGAUUUUGUGAAAAAUGCAGUGAAUGAGGCAAUUAUUCAUGACAACGAACUCAAUGUUGCAGCAGGUGUGGGAUUUAAUAUGACGGCCAGUUACGAUGGCUACAAAACCAACCAGUACCAACGGAAAGGCUGCGGGAGCAGCACCUGUGAAGGUGUUGAGUUGCUGAAGACUCUGACUAGAGAGGACAGGACUGGCUGCGUUCUGCUGGGGCCCACCUGCACCUAUGCCACUUUCCAGAUGGUGGACACGGAAGUUGGGCUGAUUAUGGGCCUGCCUAUUGUCUCGGCCGGGAGCUUCGGGUUGUCCUGCGACUUCAAGGACAACCUGACCCGCCUGCUCCCCCCAGCCCGGAAAAUCUCCAGCUUUUUCCUCGAUUUCUGGAACUAUUCCGAGUUCCUCAAGGUGAAGUGGACCACGGCGUACGUCUACAAGAAGCCGGAACAAACGGAGGACUGCUUCUGGUACAUCAACGCCCUGGAGGCGAGAUCGGCCGAAUUUUCCUCAAACGUAGCGAGGCAUGUCCUGCAGAGGCCGGAGGACCUGCGUUCAGAAAUCAACAACAAACAGAGGAAAAGCAACGUGUUCAUUCUCUGUGGGGGCCCAGGAGACAUCGCCAAUCUGACGAAGGACAUCGAUCGAAAACUGCACCCUGAAGUCAUCUUCAUUCUGAUCGACCUUUACAGCCCUGCCUAUCACCACAACACCACAUCCAUCCCUCCCAUGGAGAAUGUCCUGGUGCUCACUAUGCCCAAGAGGAACUUCACAAAUCAAAUUGACCCCUCUACCAAUGAAACGGUGAUGACCGACUACAUGGCGGCGUACGGCGAUGGGGUGCUGCUGGUCGGCCAGGUGAUUCGCCGGCUGUGGGAGGAGAACCCUGGGCGCAAACAGUUUUCCAUUAACAUGGAGGACUUCAGGAACCUCUCCUUCACCGGUUUGGGCGGGCACUAUGUCCUGGACGAAUACGGCGACCGGGACGUGAAUUUCUCUGUGAUGUACACCACCAAGGGCAUGGAGUACAAGACCCUGUUUGAGUUCGACACGGCCACCGGCCUGAUCUCGGUCAAAGACGACAGGCCGGACUUCUUCUGGCCCAACUACCUCCUGCCAGAUGACAUCCUCGUGCAAAGCGUUCACCUGCAGAUUCAUAACAUCAUAGUCAUUGUGCUGGCCAUCGCGGUCGUGGUGGUGGCUAUAAUCGCUUUCAUCUUCUACAGGCAGAACAGGAAGGACCGUCGGAGACGGGAGCAGUGGUCUCACAUACACUCUGAGAUGAUCAGCACUGUGGAGCCCAACGAGCAGAGCUUUGUGUCCCUGAAGAUUGAGGAGGACCACAGGAAAAGCAAGAACGAUCGAAUCCGCCGUGGGCGCUACGACAAGAAGAUUGUGAUUCUGAAGGAGCUGAAGCAUUCAGACGGCUACUUCAGCAAAGGCCAGAGAAUAGAGCUGAACUCUCUCCUGGCAAUCGAUUACUACAACCUGACCAAGUUCUACGGCACAGUCAAAUUUGAGCAUGAAGUGUUUGGAGUGUUUGAGUAUGGAGAGAGGGGGUCCCUCAGGUAUGUGCUUAAUGACAAGGUCUCCUACCCGGAGGAAACCUUCAUGGACUGGGAGUUCAAGAUCUUUGUCAUGUAUGACAUUGCCAAGGGCAUGUCCUACCUCCACUCCAGCAACAUCCAAGUCCACGGCCGUCUGAAAUCCACCAACUGCGUGGUGGACAACCGCAUGGUGGUCAAGAUCACCGACUUCGGCUGCAACACCAUCCUGCGCCCGGGCAAAGACCUGUGGACGGCGCCGGAGCACCUGCGGAAGGAGGGCAUCUCUCAGAAGGGCGACGUGUACAGCUUCGCCAUCAUCUGCCAGGAGAUCAUCCAGAGGAGGAGCCCCUUCUACACGAAGGCCUGCUCCGACCGGGAGGAGAAGCUGUAUCGAGUCCAGUACCCGGACUCUCCCACCUCUUUCUUCAGGCCGGACCUGAACUUUGAGAACGCUGGAGACAGGCUGGAGGUGUACACGCUCAUAAAAAGCUGCUGGGACGAGGACCCGGAGAGGAGGCCCGACUUCAAGAAAAUAGAAGGCUGCCUGGGCAAGAUCUUCAGUAACCUGGGCGACCAGGCCAACGAGAGCUACAUGGACAACCUGAUUCGCCGCCUGCAGAUCUACUCCCGCAACCUGGAGCACCUGGUGGAGCAGCGGACCGCCCUGUACAAGGCGGAGAGGGACAGGGCCGACCAGCUCAACUUCAUGCUGCUGCCUGGGCCAGUGGUACGCUCCCUGAAGGAGACGGGGAGCGUGGAGCCUGAGCUUUUCGACGAGGUGACCAUCUACUUCAGCGACAUCGUGGGCUUCACCACCGUCUGCCAGUACAGCACGCCUAUGGAGGUGGUGGACAUGCUGAAUGACAUCUACAAGAACUUCGACAGGAUCCUCGACAAUCACGAUGUUUACAAGGUGGAGACGAUUGGCGACGCCUACAUGGUGGUGUCGGGGCUCCCGCGCCGGAACGGGAACAGGCACGCGGUGGACAUCUGCCGCAUGGCGCUGGACAUCGUGGCCUUCAUGGGCACCUUCGAGCUGCAGCACCUGCCGGGGCUGCCCGUGUGGAUCCGCAUCGGAGUGCACUCUGGUCCCUGUGCAGCGGGAGUGGUGGGGAGCAAGAUGCCUCGGUACUGCCUGUUUGGAGACACGGUGAACACUGCCUCACGCAUGGAGUCCACAGGCCUGCCGCUGCGGAUCCAUGUCUCUCAGCCCACCAUCAGCAUCCUCCAGAGGACGGACUGCAAGUUCGAGUACGAGAGGCGAGGGGAGACCUACCUGAAGGGAAAAGGCACAGAGAUCACCUACUGGUUGACUGGAGUCACGGGGCAGGAUUACAACUUGCCGACGCCCCCAACAGCUGAGGACUUUCAGCACCUGCAGCUGGCAGAGAUGAUCCUGGCCAUUCUGGAGAAGCGCUCGCCGGGCACCAAUGGCAUGGAGAAGAGGAAGACCCUUUCGACUCGUCAGAAGAAGAGGGAGAAGGACGGGCACAUGGGAGAUUUUCAGCCAGAGUACCUGCACCUGGCCACCGUAGACAACCUCAGCACAUACCUGUAACUGCUAGUGUAGGCCACUGACCUCGCCCGAUGCCCCCAGACAGGCUACCAAGCUCAUACCUGUACCUAAUCCCACAGAUAGUCAGCCUUAACACAUACCUGUAGCUAAUCCCACAGACAGCCAGCUUUAGCACAUACCUGUAGCUAAUCCCACAGACAGCCAGCCUUAGCACAUACCUGUAGCUAAUCCCACAGACAGCCAGCCUUAACACAUACCUGUAGCCAAUCUCACAGUCAGUCGGCCUUAACACAUACCUGUAGCUAAUCUCACAGACAGCAAGCCUCAACACAUACCUGUGGCUAAUCCCGCAGACAAAAAACCUUAACACAAGCCUGUAGCAAUCCUAUACGGACAACCAGUAUCACCACAUACUUGCUACAGGUCCCACAGACCAACCUAUCCACCAACCUGUAGCCCCCAGCACUGACUUAACCUCACAAGAUACCUACCAGCUGAUCACAGGUAUACUCUCCCAGUGAUGCAGAGGACAGACAUUUCUGAAGACCUGUUAGCACAACAGCAAGUGACACUUGAUACUUUCUUGAUACUUCUUUCUUGAGACUAUUUGUGCUUCUGUGCACCGACAUUUAAUGUAUAGGAGUCACACAGACGUGUAGGUUUAUCUUAACAUUCCACUUAUCCAACUACUCUGUAGAAAAAACUUUAAACUCCCAUAGGGAAACUAAGCUCCUGAUAGACUACCUGUAUUAAAACCAAAAGAUAUCAUUAGAUAGGAUGAAAACUUUUGGAAUGUGUCAAUAUUUGUAUCUUUGUAUGUUCUUGUGAUCAUACCAAUUAAUAUUCUUCUUUUGCUCAUUUUUACUUCUUCCGUUUUGUUUGUCACUGAGGCAGUAUAUUUUCCAACUGUAUUUAUUUUCUGAGUUAAUGGUAAGUUAUUUCAAUUUGUCAGUUGUUUCAGUUGAAAGGUAGAUGUAUAGUAUAUGGUGUAGUAAACGAUAAAAAUACAAAUUACAAUGUAUUUAUGCACUGAACUGUAAAUAUCUGCAGUCUUGGUAUUUCUCAAUGGAGUAACAAUCAUGUAAAAAUGGAGUUGCCAUAACAGAGUGCUUAUUGAUAGUGUUAACUCUGCUACCUUUAAAUAUUUUUAAAUAAUUUCUUAAAAACCUUUAAAAAGUGACAUAUUUUACUCAUUUUAAAAAUCCUUCAGUGUAUUGUGACUGCCUUAAGAAUUUCUAUAUUGUGUUGUGUGGUGACUUGUGUCAAUUAAAUUAUUUUUGCAUAAUGAA